AUGGCGCUUGCUACGCCUGCGACGUUGCCGCCACAAAUCACGAAAAAUGAUAUUUCGCUGUCUGAUGUUAAAGACUGUCUCACAGAAUAUACUUUAGAAGACAAAGUUGAAGCUUUGAAAAAUACCCUCGUCCACAAUGAAAAACAUAAACACGAACUACUAUCAUGCAGGAAUAUAAUGCGCGAUACUAAAAACAAAACUGGGGUAAAAGAAUGUCUACAAGCAAACCAAGAAACACCAUUUCAAACGCUUAUCUCUGAAUUAAGAAACACUGUGAUGAAUAGUUACUGGAAUAAUGAAGUUGGUAGAACACGCUAUCAGGUUCCAAAUCUUCCGGUGGGUAUGAACCCAUUGGAAACAACUUUUGGGAAAAAAAUUGAAUCUGAAGCAACUAUGGCUGAAUUACUUCAAGCAAAAACAAGUCAAAUUGAUAUUUUAAACAAAGAUGUUCUUGCAAUGUAUAAAAAAAGUCAUAACAGUUAUCAGCCUGGAGAGCAAAUUAAGAGACACUAUAAAGAACCAUUCGAUCAAAGUCUCGUAUUUGGGAAAUCAAAAAAUAUUAAUAUUGAUGGGUCGCGAGUAAAAAAGCUACUAACAUGGAUCAAUUCUGAUCCUACCGCAGUAGUUAAUUCUAUUUUAGCAGAUUUUAUGGAACAUUCACAUUCUCGGGUUGGAGAAGUAAGGAAUAUCAAGAAUGCAUAUUUAUAUACGUCUAUGAUACAUGGUAAAGCAAAUGAAAGAAAAGAAACAGAUCAAAUGGCAACUGUUUUAAAUAACUGCUCUAUAAACAAUGAUGUAACGUUGCAACAAAAAUACUUGCAAUACAUAAACAGUUUACGCCAAAAACUUAAAAAACGCAUUCCAGAAAUUCCAUUUUUAGAUAUUUACGAGGAUUUGUUGUGUCUUGAUAAAGAUUAUGUGGGAAACUUACCAGAAGACAAUGUUAUUUCUACGUUAGCUAAAUACAAAAUACAUAUAAAUAAAGUACUUUUAACACCACUAUUGGAUCUCCUUCAAAUACGUAAAAAAAAUAAUGUGAAUUACAAAGAAUUACUAAAUCUGUUAAAUUGGAAAUACGAUUUUCCUACAUUACCAAAAGUAGAAAAGAUACCUAUAGAAUGUCAAUACUAUAGUACUACAUAUAAAGAGACAAUAGGAAAUAUGGAUGGAAUAGAUACUACAAAUAUUCCUACAGCAGGAAUUUCGUCUGGAGAUUUUAAAGAUAGGACUUCUGCUUACAGCCUUAUAUUUCCAAACGUCUUCACAAGACAUGGUCUAAGUCAUACAGACCUCUUCAAACUUAGAAGCAAAGAAGAAAUAAGAAAUAUAUUUGAAAAUAUUGGAGUUGAAUUUUCUGAUAACAGUUUUGAUUUGCUGUGGGAAAAAGGAUUAAAACAGGAUGGCACAGACACUCUAUCUGUUGAAACAUUUAGGUCCUUACUUGACCAACACGAUUCAAUGAUUAACAAAAUAAAUUAAUAAUCUGUACUGUAUGUUUAAAUAGUCUCUUAUAUUCGAAGUGUAACGUUCAUUUCAACUAUAUACAUAAAUAUAAAUUUUCUGUACUUUUUGUACACUGUGUAGUAAGUUUUGAGAUCAUGUCGAACAAGUAUUAUGAAAUCUAUUUCUACUGUAUUAUAUCUUUCUCUAAGUUAUACAAUUUUUUUGCAAAUAUCAUUUUUUCCCUAUGAUUUAAAAUUAUAAAGAUAUAAAGAUGUGUAUUUCUAUUAUAGCAGGGCACACCCUCGCUCUCUGUCCGCGCGCGAGUGUAUACAAUGUUCGGCCAUCCCUGGGAACGGCAAUCUGCAAACAGCUGCGUGCGCACGAUAGUGACGCGCACGCAGCUAUGCGCAGGUUGCCUAUCUACAAGCGCAACUUUAAACGUUAAUAACUUUUUAACGAAACUUCAAUCAACAAAUUGCUAUUCUUGAUUUUCGUCUUAUUUUGGCCUCUAGAAUCUCCUAUUAAAAUUUUAAGAUCAAAAUUUUAAUAUUAAUAAUUCACCUAUUAUUUCAUGAAUUUAAACAAAUCUUAAAAAAUCAAUGUGCACGAGUUCAGUAUGAUUUUAAUAAGAUAAUUAACGAGUAAAUAUUCUUAAAUUUGCGUUAUAAUACCACACGUGUUUAACAAGAAUUUUGAACGUAAAUCCUUUUCUUCGAAAGAAUCCAAUUCAGAUCCUAAGAACUCAGGAAGAUGUACGUCUUUUUUGAUUUUUGAUAAAAUAAUUCAGCCACCAGUGAAUGUUUCCGGAAUUAAAAAUUUUAAUGGGGGAUUCUAGAGGCCAAAA